GGGGCCGGGGACUCGGCCGAGGCGGGCGGCGGGCGGCAGGCCUGGCGGGGCGAGUCGCGGGGCUCGCCGCAGCAGCUGGCGGAGCGGUACGCGGACCUGGCGGCCAGCCACAGCGAGGCGCUGCGGCAGCGGGAGGAGCGCGAGUGGCACAACGCGCGGCUGCGCCAGGAGAACGCGCGGCUGCGGCUGGAGAACCGCCGCCUGCGCCGCGAGAACCGCUGCCUCUUCCGACAGGCCCUGCUGGGGCCCGGCCCCGACAAGCCCCCCGCCGACCCGGGCGAGGAGGCUGAGGCCCUGCGCGCCCAGCUGGGGCGCCUGCAGGAGAAGCACCGCCGGGCCUUGCAGCACCUGCGGCGCUGCCGGGCCGCCGGCGGGCCCGAGGCCUCGGGAGCCGAGGACGGCGAGUUGGAUGAGCUGCUGCUGGAGGAGGACGACGAGUCCCUGGAUAAAAAGAGCCUGGUGCCGGCCGUGUAGGCGGCCCCGGUGGAGGGGGCGGUGUCGGCCGGCGCUGCGGGCGCUCCCCGUUGCCGCGGGGUAGGGGCGGGUCACCCCCUCUUCACUCCCGGCGCUGACCGCCUGCGGCAUGGGGGGGCUCGCCUCAGCUCCCUCGGUCGAAACGGACCCUCCCACGGAAAAGGGUGGGGGAGGAGUUCGGGUUUUUUAAUCCUUUUCCCUGAUGUAUACACGGGAAGCAUUGGUCGUCAUCGAGGAGAACCAGGUUCAUGUGGGAAAACAGAUGCUUGGAAGACGAGAGGAAUCCUUCAAAGCAGCUGUUAUGGAAAAAAGCACGACGUUGAACAGAAGAGUUGAUCUCGUGUCAUCCCACAGCAUUGAACUGUGCUUCCUUUGGGGACCAGCUGUGGAUCACCUUUUUUUCUCUUGAGUUAACAUCUGUCAUGUAGGUUUCAAGAGCCAUGGAGACUGACUGGUUGGUAGUAGUCAGUGUAAGGAAGGGUGGAGCAAGCKUGAAAGCUUUAGUCAGUACUCCAGUAAAAGUUGGUGAUCACUGGAACUAUGAAUUGCCUUGGACACUUAACUGCGGAACACUACUUGUAUUUUUAAUGAUGGACGUUGUUCACCGUCACAUGAAUAMUGAUUUGAAUUUCGCAUUUUCACACAAAACUGCAGCUAAUAAAAAAUUUAUGAUACACCAAAUGAUUGUCUUAAGUGUGAAUUUAUUUUGAAAUUUUAGGUCAACUGCCUUUCAGGCCAUUUGCAAUGAACCUCAAAGGCCAAAGAAAUUUUUUUUUUACUAUACCUUAAUUAUAAACUGAUUGGAAGCAAGUAUUUCGUACCUCUAUUUUGCUAGAAAAUUUGCUAGUUGAAAGAAAUGUUUUUAACGAACUGAGGCAGAAGUUGAGUUUUGUAAUACCUCAUUUUUAAUUUUUUAAUGCCAUUUAAGGGAUGUCACCUUCAGGUUUGAGAUUGGUUUCUUAAAGCUUUAAAGGGCAAGGGCUGUUUCAGCUCAAGUUGAAACUAAUGUGAAAAGGUGAAAUUCCAUCAUUUUCUAUAAGUAUCUUUGAGAAUA